AUGGAACAGACAUAUCAAUAUGGGUGGAUCAUACCUUUCAUUCCCCUUCCAGUUCCUAUGUUAAUAGGAGUAGGACUUCUUCUUUUUCCGACAGCAACAAAAAAUUUUCAUCGUCUGUGCACUCUUCCGACUGUUUUAUUGUUAAGUCUAGUCAUGAUUUUUUCAACUAAUUUUUCUAUUGAACAAAUAAAUACCAGUCCUAUCUAUCAAUAUGUAUGGUCUUGGACGCUCAAUAAUGAUUUUUCUUUAGAAUUCGGUUAUUUGAUCGAUCCACUUACUUCUAUUAUGUCAAUAUUAAUCACUACUGUUGGAAUUAUGGUUCUUAUUUAUAGUGAUAAUUAUAUGGCUCACGAUCAAGGAUACUUGAGAUUUUUUGCUUAUAUGAGUUUUUUCAGUACUUCCAUGUUGGGAUUAGUUACUAGUUCCAAUUUGAUACAAAUUUAUAUUUUUUGGGAAUUGGUUGGAAUGUGUUCCUAUCUAUUAAUAGGGUUUUGGUUCACACGACCUCUUGCAGCAAAUGCUUGUCAAAAAGCUUUUGUAACAAAUCGUGUGGGCGAUUUUGGUUUAUUAUUAGGAAUUUUUGGUCUUUUUUGGAUAACAGGUAGUUUUGAAUUUCGGGAUUUAUUCGAAAUGGUUAAUAACUUGGUUUCCAAUAAUCAAGUCAAUUCUAUAUUUGUUACUUUGUGUGCUGUUCUAUUAUUUGCUGGUGCAGUUGCUAAAUCCGCACAAUUUCCACUUCAUGUAUGGUUACCUGAUGCUAUGGAGGGUCCCACUCCUAUUUCGGCUCUUAUCCAUGCCGCUACUAUGGUAGCAGCGGGUAUUUUUCUUGUAGCUCGUCUUCUUCCUAUUUUUAUAGUUAUACCUUAUAUAAUGGAUUUCAUCUCUUUGAUAGGCAUAAUUACAAUAUUAUUAGGAGCUACUUUAGCUCUUGCUCAAAAAGACAUUAAAAGGGGUUUAGCUUAUUCAACAAUGUCUCAAUUGGGUUAUAUGAUGCUAGCUCUAGGAAUCGGGUCUUAUCGAAGUGCUUUAUUUCAUUUGAUUACUCAUGCUUAUUCAAAAGCAUUAUUAUUUUUAGGGUCUGGGUCUGUUAUUCAUUCAAUGGAAAGUAUUGUUGGCUAUUCCGCCGAUAAAAAUCAGAAUAUGGUUUUGAUGGGGGGGUUAACAAAGUAUAUACCGAUUACCAAAACUUCGUUUUUAUUAGGUACAUUUUCUCUUUGUGGUAUUCCACCUCUUGCUUGUUUUUGGUCAAAAGAUGAAAUUCUUAAUGAUAGUUGGUUGUAUUCGCCUAUUUUCGCAAUAAUAGCUUGGAUCACGGCGGGAUUAACCGCAUUUUAUAUGUUUCGGACCUAUUUACUUACUUUUGAAGGGCAUUUAAACAUUAAUUUUCAAAAUUACAGUGGAAAUCAAAAUAUCUUUUUCUAUUCAAUAUGUCUAUGGGGGAAAGGUCGUUCAAAAAGAAUUAAACAAAAUUUUCGUUUAUUAAGAAUGAAUAAUAAUGAAAAGUUUGCUUCAAAAAAGAUAUAUCAAAGAAAUGAGAAUGGAAAAAAAAGAAAUGGGGGACAGCCCUUUUUUAAUAUUAUUUCUUUUGCUAGGGAAAAGGCUUUUUCUUACCCUUAUGAAUCGGAAAAUACUAUGUUAUUUUCGUUACUUGUAUUAGUACUCUUUAUUCUGUUUGUUGGAUCUAUAGGAAUUCCUUUUAAUGAAGCAGAAACAGAUAUAUUAUCCAAAUGGUUAGCUCCUUCUAUUACCUUUCUAUAUGAAAGAUCAAAGGAUUCAACAGAUUGGUAUGAAUUUUUGAAAGAUGCAAUGUUUUCAGGCAGUUUAGCUUAUUUAGGGAUAUUUUUAGCUUCCUUUUUAUAUAACCCAAUUUAUUCAUCUUUCAAAAAUUUUGACUUAAUUAAUUCAUUUGGUAUAACAUAUCUGAACCGAAGCCCUUGGGAUAAAACGAUAAAGGUCUUAUAUGCUUGGUCAUAUAAUCGUGCUUAUAUAGAUACUUUUUAUACAACAUCCUUUAUUGCUAUGAUAAGAGAAUUGGCAAAAUUCACUCAUUUUUUUGAUAGAGAAGGAAUUGAUGGAAUUACAAAUGGGGUUGGUGUUAUCAGUUUUUUUGUAGGAGAGGGUAUUAAAUAUCUAGGGGGUGGCCGUAUUUCUUUUUAUCUUUUCUUCCAUUUUUCUUGUAUAUUAAUUUUUUUAUGGGGUGUUUAUCUUGCGUUUUUUUAUCAAAUAUUUUGA